UUGAUAGAAAAGAGUCAAUAUAAAACUAUGGUUUCAGAUGGGUUGUCACAUUAUUUGUCAAUACAUCUGUUGGGUUCAGCCAUGAAGCGAAAAUCGGAUCUCGACAUGGAAAUGACUGAGUCCAAGCGAUGCGAUCUAGAUGAAAAGAGGUUAUUGAAUUCAUUUCAGGAAUUGAGGAAAAGUUUGUCCCAUGAUUUUCCAAAGUUCAAAGUGACAAAGUUUUUGGACACCAUACAGGACGAAUGUCAGAGUCAAGUCGAAGAUAAUGAUUGCAGCCAACCGAUAACGUUUGAUGAAUUGAAAAUCAUUCAUUCUCCGAAGCUAAAAAAUGAUGCUCAGUUUUGCAUUCAGAAGAUGUCAAACUUGAGUAACGAUGAAUUCGAGGCUAUAACAGGGUUACAAAACAUCGACUCAUUUUGGCUGCUAUUUAAAUUAUUGGAUUGCGACAACAUGUGCCCCGGAAUGAUGUAUGUCCAUUUCGAUGGCGUGGGUGAGACUAAUGUCAGCCGUUCAAGUCUUUACGGAAAAAGAGGAUUAGUCAGAACGGUUCUCUUUGAAGACGAACUGCUCUUGCUCCUGCUAAAACUGAGGCUUAAUUUAAAAGAUGAAGAUUUGGCGUUACGGUUCAGUUUGUCAACAGUCAUUGUGAAAUCUUUAGUAUACACAUGGAUCAGUUUCAUUCACAAUUGCUUACUCGUGAAGAAAAAACUGCCUCAAUGGCCGCCAAGAAACAAAGUCGAUGCACAGAUGCCGAAACAGUUUAGGGAAGAUGUGGAAAUGAGGUACUUGCGAGCACUUCUCUUGGAAGUCGAGAUCUUAGGCGAGAAAGAUCCACGAUCUGUCUAUGAAAUGGAGCCAUUCACUUUCAGUGUGUUGCAGACUUCGACAGUUUGGAGCGUUUAUGUCGGCAUUACCCCAAAUGGAGCUGCCAAUUUGAUAUCUCCACUUUCUCAGGGAAGUGCCAAACAAAGUUUACCUAAAGUUGUCUUGGAGCUUAUUCAUUCAAAGCUGACCAAAGAUGACAUCAUAGUUGGUCCACAAAUAACGACUGAUGUUAUAAAAACAUAUGAAAAACUAGAUGUUGAUUAUAUUGUUUGUCCCAAAUCUGUACGAACUCGUGAAAUGAUGCUAAUUCGCCAGCUGGCCACAAAGUAUUUAAAACGGCUAAUGGCUUUUAAAUGUUUGAGUUGUUUGCCAUAUGAGCUGCAUUCAGUUGCUGAAAAAGUUGUCAGUGUGACGGUGCUACUUACUAAUUUUAACACUCCCUUGUUGGAGAGAGAUUGAUAACUUGAGUUGUUUCUGA